AGUGGUGAGGUGAAUGGGUUUUUGGAUUCAUUUGAAAAGAAAGCCUUUCUUUUUUUCCUUGCUUUCUUUGCAAUUCCCACUAUCACCCACUAAGCAACAAUGGAGGGUGGUUGUUUUGUUUUGUUAGGGCAUGUUUGGAUCGGUGGUAAAUUCUGGAAUGCUUCCAAAUUCUGGCCAGCUCUUAUUCGCAUCCACUCCACAUCCUGCCAAAACCCAUCAAUUUAGAGAGAGAAGCAACACGAAUGUGGAGAGGGAAACUUUCUGCAGUUGUGAAAUUGAAAUUCCUUAUUCUUCUGAUCCUACAAAACAAGGACAAAUCAAUGGCGACAAAAACAAUCCCCUGUAUUGUAUUGUCUCUAACGCAGCCAUGGAAAAGUCGCUCCAGACAAAGCCCUUUGAUUCCAGGGUGCUCAUCAAAACCCCACGCCAUGAACCCUACACGCCUCUAUCUUUGAAACAGAGUUCGUCUAUCGUUUUACCGAGCUAGAGGAUUUCUUAUAUAAUUCUGUUUUUCUUAUUUCUGUGGGUGGUUUCGAUCGGGGAAUUCGACUUUUCUGUAGCUACGCUACCCAUCGUUUCGUUUUGAUCUCUUCUGAGUACUUUAAUGGCAGGAAUGUUUAAUGGGGAGGGAUCCUCGUCGGUAACUUCAUCGCCUCUUCAGCUCUUUCCAUGGUCGUUAUCUCCCGGUCUAGGAUCGCCUUAUCCGUUUUUAAGGGAGCUUAAAUCUGAGGAGAGAGGCUUGUGUCUGAUUCACCUUCUUCUUGCCUGUGCCAACCAAGUUGCUAUUGGUAACAUUGAGAAUGCUAAUGUUGGCCUUGAGCAAAUUUCCCACCUUGCUUCGCCGGACGGAGACACAAUGCAGCGGAUUGCUGCUUACUUCACCGAGGCACUCGCUGAUCGGAUACUUAAAUCCUGGCCUGGUUUACACAAAGCCCUGAACUCUACCAAAAUAUUGUCGGUCCCGGAAGAGAUUCUUGCGCAGAGAUUGUUCUUUGAGUUAUGUCCUUUCUUGAAGCUGGCUUAUGUGAUAACGAAUCAGGCUAUUAUUGAAGCCAUGGAUGGAGAAAGGAUGAUUCAUAUCAUUGAUUUCAAAUCAUGUGAGCCUGCACAGUGGAUAAACCUUCUUCAGACGUUGAAAGAUAGGCCAGACGGUCCGCCCCACUUGCGAAUAACCGGGAUUCACGAACAGAAGGAGGUGUUGGAACAGAUGGCUCUCAGGCUGACUGAAGAGGCCGAAAAAUGGGACAUACCUUUUCAGUUCACUCCAGUAGUUAGCAAGUUAGAAAACCUUGACCUGGAAAGUUUAAGAGUGAAGACAGGGGAAGCACUUGCAGUCAGCUCCAUCCUCGAACUUCACUCAAUUUUGGCUACGGACGACGAUAAGAAAACCUCGCCAUCUGCAUCGAAUAACUUGCAAAAACUCUUACGUAUGAAGCAGCGAACACUCGGGGAGUGGCUCGAGACAGAUUCGUUGCAAUUCACAAGCCCUGAUUCAACCUCUGUAUCUUCUCCAUCCGGAUUGAACCCUUCCCAAAAGAUGAAUACUUUUUUGACUUCACUCUGGGGACUGUCUCCAAAAGUGGUGGUAAUAACCGAGCAAGAAUCGAACCUGAAUGGAUCUGCUUUCAUGGAGAGAGUACUAGAAGCACUAAACUUCUAUGCUGCAUUGUUCGAUUGCUUGGAGUCCACCGUAACGAGAUCAUCCAUCGAGCGACAAAGGGUCGAGAAGAUGCUUUUGGGAGAGGAAAUCAAAAACAUCAUUGCUUGCGAGGGGGCAGAGAGAAAGGAGAGGCACGAAAAGCUCGAGAAAUGGAUACUGAGGCUCGAAUCCGUGGGGUUCGGGAGGGUUCAGAUGAGCUAUCAUAGUAUGUUACUGGGAAGUAGAUUGUUGCAGAGCUAUGGCUAUGAUGGGUACAAAGUUAAAGAAGAUAAUGGAUUUUUGUUCAUCUGUUGGCAAGAUAGGCCUCUUUUUUCUGUCUCAGCCUGGGGAUUUCAAAGGCAAAGCUGAUGACAGAUACAAUUUUACUGCAAAAGGAGGAAUUUAAUGCCCUUUUUGACUUUCUUCUUCUUUUUGUAACCAAUUUUUGUUGGUAUAAAUGUGUUCCAAGACUUCACUUCCUCUCAGCAAAUGCAUAUUGUAACAAGGGUUCUUCAGGGUUUUUUUUUUUUUGGGUAUUUGGUUUUAUUUAAUUUUUCUUCAGGUUUCCUUUUCCAGUUUUUAAGCUCACCCAUUGUACAUACAGCACUAAUAGUUAUGGAGUUCAGGUUUUUGGUAUCUAAA